GUAAAUAGCCUACCUUAAAUGGACACUAUGUUGAACAUGUGUUAUGAUUGGAUGAAAUAGAAACAUCCAGAUUGGUUGAUAAAACCAUAGACAUCUAGCCUGUCAGCGAAAAAAGCGAGUGAAGAUGUGGAGGUUAACGCGUGUGAUUUUGGUCUUGCUCAUUUGUGUCAAAGAUUCACAUUUGCAGCCAAACGUUUGCGGACGUCCAAACCCCCAUUUAAACCCCUGUAUUGUGGGUGGUACAGAUGCCUCUGCAGGGGCGUGGCCAUGGAUGGUCAGUCUGCACAACACGACUUAUCAGAAACAUUUUUGUGGUGGCUCCCUCAUCAACAGUGAAUGGGUGCUGACAGCUGUUCACUGUGUCGUUGGUAACGACAUGACCACACUGCUUGUGUACUUGGGAAAGUUGACACAACAGGGAAAAAAUCCCCAUGAAAUCACCAGAAUUGUCAACAACAUCAUUACCCAUUCCUCCUACAAUGAUAACACAUGUGAUAGUGACAUCGCUCUACUGCACCUGUCCUCCGCAGUCACCUUUAAUGAAUACAUUAGACCUGUGUGUUUAGCAGCCCAGAACAGCAACUUCCCUUCCGGCACCAAAGGCUGGAUCACAGGCUGGGGAAAAGUUGGAGUUCAAAUUAAUACAAACCCACACAUAGAGUUACACAGUGCCAGUGCCUUUACCUGCUCCUGGGAUUCUGCAAGAGGCUGAGGUUGAAGUGUACGAAAGUUCCAAAGAGAGAGAGAAGGUUAAGAAUAUGCUACUGAAAUAGAGAGAAACCGGACCACACAUUUCUGCUGAAUUUCAGGAAUAUAAUGUAACUUUUUAAUUUUUGGAUGAAAAUAAAUAAAAACCAAAGUGUUUACAUAAAUCUAUUAUUGGACUAAACAAGACUAAUAUGACUAUUAAAAUUCCAACAAUUCUUCCUCCUCCUUGCGAUUCCCCAGCAUUGUGAAGCUGUUGUACAUUCUUUAGCACAUAAGUUUCUGUAAAACUUCCAUCCUUACUUUUACAUAACAUAAUUUGUCAACUUAAUUUUUCCUUAAAACAUAUCAUUGUCCUUCAGAACAAAAGUGGAUUUUGUCAGUGGUCCUUUCCUGAAAGCUUGCCUCAAAUUCUUCAAUCAAGGAAGUGUCAUGGUACUUUCUUGAAUGUUGUAGUAAAGUUCAUUACAACUGAGCC